AUGUCUUUUCUUCUUACUCAUUUACCAAGUGGGUGGGAUGUAGAUCAAGCAAUUGUUUGGGAGAAGACAAAGCUUGUUUGUAUUAGAUUUGGCCGAGAUACAGAUCCGAUGUGCAUGAAAAUGGACCAAAUGCUUGCUUCAUGUGCAGAAAAACUGAAGAACUUCGUAGUUAUUUAUGCAGUUGAUAUCAUUAAAGUUCCAGAUUUUAAUAAAAUGUACGAAUUAGUAGAUCCAUGCAGUGUUAUGUUCUUUUUCAAAAACAGGCAUAUUACAGUAGAUUAUGGAACAGGAGAAAACAACAAAAUGAACUUUUUAUUGAAAACGAAGCAAGAAUUUAUCGAUAUUUGCGAAAUUGUUUAUCGAGCUGCAUCAAAAGGUUUAGGAACAGCAAAAUCCAUUAUAAAUUAUGCGAAUACUAGGAAUCGUGGCAAAGUAGAAGAAAACAAAAAAGAGAAAAAGCCACUCGUAUAA